CGUCCGUCCUCUGGGCGGGCGAUGUCCUCAGGCGGGCGGUGCCGGGGGCGGUCCCGACAGCCCCGUCCUCCUGUCCCAGGCCGGGCAACGAGGGAGGGACUGGGAGGCAGCCGCCGCCGCCUGGCUAAGGCGGCUCCGUUGCGUACGGAUACCCAAGGAGGGCUGAGCCGUCCCCGCCUCCCCGGGAGCCGCCUGGGCCGGGGAUGGGGAACGCGGAGAGCGGCGAGCCGGGCGGGGGGUCCGGGCUGCUGCCGCCCCCGCCCGGGAAAGUGCCCAUGCCGGACCAGGGAGAGCUGGAGGAGAGAUUCGCGCUGGUGCUGAGUUCCAUGAACCUCCCUCCUGACAAGGCUCGUCUCCUGCGGCAAUAUGACAAUGAGAAGAAAUGGGACCUCAUUUGUGACCAGGAAAGAUUUCAGGUGAAGAAUCCACCCCACACAUACAUCCAGAAACUGAAGAGCUUCCUUGACCCUGGCGUUACCCGGAAGAAGUUUCGCCGGAGAGUGCAGGAAUCCACCAAAGUGCUGAGGGAGCUGGAGAUAUCUCUAAGGACCAACCACAUCGGGUGGGUGCGUGAGUUUCUCAAUGACGAAAACAAAGGUCUGGACGUGCUGGUGGAUUAUCUCUCCUUUGCUCAGUGUGCAGUAAUGUUUGAUUUUGAGGGUCUGGAAAGUGGCGAGGAUGGAGCACUAGAGAAGCUGAAAUCCUGGAGCAGGUCCAUAGAGGAUCUGCAGCAUCCCAGCACCCUGUCUGCUCCCUACGCCAACAGCCUUGCUCGCUCUGCGCGCCAGUCUGCUCUCCGAUACACCACCCUUCCCAGCAGGAAAGCCCUGAAGAACUCACGGCUGGUUAGCCAGAAAGAUGAUGUCCAUGUGUGUAUCUUGUGCUUACGGGCCAUCAUGAACUAUCAGUAUGGAUUCAAUUUGGUCAUGUCACAUCCCCAUGCUGUUAAUGAGAUUGCCCUCAGCUUGAACAAUAAGAACCCCAGGACAAAAGCCCUGGUGCUAGAACUGCUGGCAGCUGUCUGUCUGGUGCGUGGUGGCCAUGAGAUCAUUCUGGCUGCCUUCGAGAACUUCAAGGAGGUUUGCAAAGAGCAGCACCGCUUCGAGAAACUGAUGGAGUAUUUCCGCAAUGAGGACAGCAACAUUGACUUCAUGGUGGCCUGUAUGCAGUUCAUCAACAUUGUGGUGCAUUCAGUUGAGGACAUGAAUUUCCGAGUGCACUUACAAUAUGAGUUCACCAAGCUUGGUCUGGAAGAAUUCUUACAGAAGUCAAGACACACGGAGAGUGAAAAACUUCAAGUGCAGAUUCAGGCAUAUCUGGACAAUGUGUUUGACGUGGGCGGGCUGCUGGAGGAUGCCGAGACCAAGAAUGUGGCACUGGAGAAAGUGGAAGAGUUGGAAGAGCACUUAUCCCAUUUGACAGAAAAGCUACUGGAUCUGGAGAAUGAGAACAUAAUGCGAGUGGCAGAGUUGGAGAAACAGCUGUUACAGCGGGAGAAAGAACUGGAAAUUGUCAAGGAGACCUACGAAAGCGCCAGCAACCAGGUGCACACACUGCGCAGAAUCAUCAAGGAGAAGGAGGAAGCUUUUCGGCGCCACUACAACUCCCAUCCGGCGGGAGGCGACCACCUGCCCCUGCCACCACCCCCUGAUGUGGAGAUCAGCUUCAGCGACAUCCCAGAGGAUGACCUUCGCCUUCCGGUCCUGCCUCCCAUGGAGGCUGCCCCUCCACCCCCACCUCCUCCACCCCCUCUUCCCCCACCCCCUCCUCCAUUACCAGAUAAAUGUCCGCCAGCACCACCGCUUCCUGGCACAUCUCCUUCCAUGAUCCUCUCUAUGGGUUUAUCAGCAAUCCGGAUCAAGAAGCCCAUCAAGACCAAAUUCCGUUUGCCAGUCUUUAACUGGACGGCACUGAAGCCCAACCAGAUCAGUGGCACAGUCUUCAGCGAACUGGAUGAUGAAAAGAUCUUGGAGGAUCUUGACUUAGACAAGUUUGAGGAGCUCUUUAAGACCAAAGCACAGGGGCCGGCCAUCGACCUCCUCUGCUCCAAGAACAAGGCGUCGCAUAAAGCAGUCAGCAAAGUCACCCUGCUGGAAGCCAACCGGGCCAAGAACCUCGCCAUCACUCUGCGCAAGGCAGGAAGGACCACGGAGGAAAUCUGCAAAGCCAUCCACACGUUCGACCUGAAGACCCUGCCGGUGGACUUUGUGGAGUGCCUGAUGCGUUUCCUGCCAACAGAGAAUGAGGUCAAACUGCUGCGGCAGUAUGAGAAGGAGCGGAAGCCGCUGGAAGAGCUGUCAGACGAGGACCGCUUCAUGCUGCACUUCAGCAAAGUAGAGCGCCUGACGCAACGCAUGGCCAUCAUGGCCUUCCUGGGCAACUUCAGUGAGAACAUCCAGAUGCUCAUGCCGCAACUCAGCGCCAUCAUUGCUGCUGCAGCCUCUGUCAAGUCUUCCCAGAAGCUUAAGCGGAUGCUGGAGAUCAUCCUGGCUCUUGGCAACUACAUGAACAGCAGCAAACGUGGUUCAGUUUAUGGUUUCAAGCUGCAGAGUCUCGACUUGCUGUUGGACACCAAGUCGACGGACCGGAAGCUGACACUCCUGCAUUUCAUUGCCAUGAUGGUGAAGGAGAAAUACCCAGAGCUGAGCACCUUCUGGCAGGAACUGCACUUUGUAGAGAAGGCGGCUGCAGUGUCCCUGGAGAAUGUGCUGCUGGAUGUGAAAGAGCUGGGGCGUGGCAUGGAGCUGAUUCGGCGGGAGUGCAGCUUGCAUGAACACAGCAUCCUACGCAGCUUUCUGGCCGCCAAUGAGGGGAAGCUGGACCGGCUACAGAAAGACGCUAAGACAGCUGAGGAGGCCUACAACACUGUUGUGCGCUAUUUUGGUGAGAGUCCCAAGACGACACCACCGUCCGUUUUCUUCCCAGUCUUUGCACGCUUCAUCAGAUCCUACAAGGAUGCAGAGCAGGAGAAUGAGCUGCGCAAGAAGCAGGAACAGGCCCAGAGGGAGCAGGCACUAGCCCAAGAAGCCAAGAGGCUGGAGAAGUUGCCUUUGCAGCGCAACAAGUGGCAGCAGCAAGAGUUGAUUGCUGAGCUGAGGCGGCGCCAGGCCAAGGACCACCGGCCUGUCUACGAGGGCAAAGACGGAACCAUUGAGGAUAUCAUCACUGCCCUGCACGCCCUGCCUUUCCAACAGGCUAAUGCUGCAUUCCAACGGCCCAGACCUAGUUCUCGUUUGCCAAAACCCCCACCUUUUCGAAGAUUAUCAGCAGAAGAACCAAAGGGACCUUUAGGAAGUGCCUUACUACAACAGUAUUAUUGUUAUGCUCUUAUUAUUUAAGGUGGAUUUUUUAAAAAAAAUCUGUACAUAGAUGAUCAUUCUCAUCAGCCCCUGCUCCUGCUGUCCUCCGCUCUGAAAGUCAAGACACUUCUGGUUAGAUCGAAGUGCCUUUGGCUGGCAAGCAGCUGACUUCCCUUUCUAGCUCUUCAGUCUUUGCAGCAUCCAGACCAGAAUUGCAUUUCCAGCAACUUUUCCUUGGUGGACAGGCAACAACCAUCAUCCCUGCCUGGAUCCAGACACAUGGCAACAGUGGGGGAAGUCAUACCAGCAGAAGACCUUUGAGGGUGGCGUUAGCCUUGAGGAACAGCGUAUUUUUAAGGAGCAGUCUUCAGCAAUACUGUGGUCUUCUCAGAGCAGACUGCGAGCUGGCAUUGAGAAGUAUGGAAGCUAGGCCUUAUAGCCUUCAAAAAACCACUGGAACCCUUCUGCAAAAGGGAAAACCUUCAGACCAAAGUCUCAACAACUGCACACAAGAAUCCUGGUGUUGGCACAGCAGGAAAACUACAGUGAUGCACCAACCCUUGAUGAUCACAAGAGAAGAUCCUGUGGAGGCUGCAGGCUACUGUUGACAUUGCCCAAGUUUUGUUAUAUUAUAUAUUAUUAAUAUUAUUAUUAUUCAAAGGACCAAAUUCGGCUUUCACUUAGUGUGCAGUAUUUAUAUGCAGCUCUUUUUAGUUGCUGGACCAAAUGCCAUCACUUUUCCCAGAACAAAUCAAGUUGUGUUCUAAAUCCCCAUGAAGCCCUCUAAACAAGCACUGAUGGCUAUGUUAUGCAUGAAUGUUGCUCUCAUCAAAACUAGCCCAAGACAUUUUGAUACCGGAAGUGGGAAAUCGAAAGUUUAGCCUAGAAAUACAGCCCAGAAAGCUUCCUAGUGGAUUAAAAAUAGGAGCCAUCUUGAAUCCACUGAUGGCUGACACAGAAUCCAAACACAGGGUAAAUGGAGUAACAAAAUAUCCUCCCCCCACUUCCCCCGAUUGAACAUGGGGCUGAAAAUUCUCCAAGGCAAACCUCAUUGACAUGAAUGGUAUGAAUCCUUGUUCCUUUCAGCAGAGCUUGUGCCAAAGAAUUGCCUAGUGGUUUUUACCACAGGGGCCAAACCUCCGUUUCCCACCCUGCGGCUUUAAGAGUGUCCAAAGCUUGCUGCCUCUGGCAGCUCCCUCACCUUAGCACAUGGUGGGACCAGCUCUUGUAGCAUUUGAAACAAUUGGUGCGUUGCCACCAGAGGCCAUAAUACUUCUUGAGACAAUCAAAACAAGGGGACUCGCCUUCUCCCCUCUUAAGCUUGAAUUUUUUUUCUGACCAAAGAUUUUUGCCCAUAAGGCAUUAGAGCUGCCGCGCACAUUAGGAUAAAGCCAUUUGACAAUGAAAGCAGGGUUGCAUCUGUGUUUUUUUAAUUCAGGGAAGCAGCCUGCCUGCCUGUGGGUUUUAGCCACUUCCUGGAAGCAGGAAGCAAUUAGGGUUACAUUAAAGAGUAUUCUGUAGGUCUUACAGCACAGAAGGGGAUUUUUAGGCAGGGCUGGUUCCAACAUAGUAUUAAGAAUUUGGCUUCUUGCCUGGAUUUAAGGUUGAAGGCACAGCCACGUUUCUUUCCAAGGCCAAACCAGGUGGCCCCAGCCAUGUUUUGCUGUUGUUGUUUUUAACAGGCUGUGAAUGAAUCAUGGUUAUAACCACACACAACAAGAGCAUUUGUCAAGCAGAAUGUUCCUAUGUGACUUCAGACUGCUAAUGGCAUCCUGGUCACCUGGGUGUGGCAGAAAUCAGCUCAACCACUCGAUCAGGAAGGACGCAGGGAAUCCUUUUUGACUGGGCAACCUGUGGAAAACGGCAGUGCUUGACACUGCAGCGCCCUAAUCAUGCCAGAAGCACCCCCUACCUUUAGCUUCUGUAUACAAUAAACCAUGCUGAAGAGUUGCAGUGCCCCUUGCAGGGAACCCAGUGCCUUAUGGCUAAGCCAGUGUGCCCCCAUGAAAAUGCAGCUCUGUGGUGUAAGGCCUGCCGUUCUUGCUAGGCUUGCACAUAGGGGAGAGCCCCAGGGGUGCAAAGCCUGUACUUUAGAGGGGCGCCGGCAGAGCACAUGCUUUCCAUUCAUAACAUUCCUGAGUCAGUCCCCAAAUUCUUCAGAUACAAGGAUCCAGGUAGAAGAAUAACUGGAAAGGCCUCUGCCUGAGGCCAUGGAAAGCCAAUACCAAUCAGAGUAGACAGUUCUGGCCAAGAUGGGCCUAAGGCAGCUUCAUAUGCUCACUCCAUGCAUGCCUACUCAAAAUUAUGGCCUGUUGAGUUCAAUGGGGCUUAUUCCUGAGGAAGCAUGCCUAGGACUCUAUCCUGAGCAAGUGACCCUGACACUUCACGGAGGUUGGGAGCACUGUGCAGCAGAGCAGAAUGGGGGGUCUUCCAGUUUUGGGGCUGUGUGAAAUUGGCUUUUUGUCAGACGUUGCCAGAUCCUAGACUUAUUAUGAUUAUUUUAUUUUGCCAUCAUUGUAUGCUGGAUAUACUUUGCUUUUGAUUUCUGGCCUGUGAAUGCAACAGUUUGACUUAGAAUGUUUUGUAAACUGUUUUCAAACUUUAAAAAAAAUCCAAAGCAUGUUCCAAAUCAUCAGGGGGAUGGACGGACGGAGCACAAGUAUUCACAGAAACGCCACCCAGCUCAGUUCAGCAAUCUCCACUUCCAACAUGGAACUGUUAUGUUAGAGCCACUAUCUACCUACAUCAAGAGGUAGUUGACAGAAUUGCGGCUGCCAGUUCUUACCGAUGACUUGCACGGAGCCUUCCCAGCCUUACCUCUUCAUUACGAGCUGAGAGGAGGAGCAAAUCUCCACUGAAGCAACACUGAAAUCAGCUAUGUGACUGAGCCCCUGAAGUGAAGGAGAGCCGGCUUCCUUCCAGAGACUGGGUACCUCCUUGAAAAACCUUCAGUCUAUUUUCCUCAUCACAAGCCAAUGAUUCAAGCUGGGAACCAGACUUGGGUUUUGCUAGAGGUGCCACUACCUGCCCCUGUCCUGGGGCGAUAUCCCUUAUGUGCCUUAUUGCAAACCAUGAAGCUCAGCUGCCUCGCAUGCUGGGAAAGGUGGCUACCCCCUUCUCCUCAUCUCUGUGGUGGAGUAAGGAAAGAUAGGGUAGUGCCUGACCCUUUCUGCUUAUCCCUGACAGCAGCCUCAUGGCAUCAGCAUGGUUCCCAACUGGGAUGAGCAGCACCAGGAAAGGAACAGAAGUAUUACUUUACUGCAGACCUUUUCAAACUCGGGUCCCCAGAUCUUGUGGGACUACAAUACUCAGAAUACCCAACCAUAAUGGCCUUGUCCUUGUCCAUGGUGGCUGGGGAUGAUGGGAACUGUCGGCCAACAACAUCUGGAGACCCAGGUUGGAAAACGCUUUGCUUACUGGAUCUGGCCAUGUCCUGCAUUCUGUUUCCAAUAGUGGUUAGCCAGAUUUCUUUCUAGUUCUUUGUGGGUGCACAUUCAUAGACAUUUACCCAGGACUGAUUGCCUCCUUAUUGGCAUUUAAGCAGGAGUGUAACUAGCCACUCACUCACCUACUCACUGGUUCUAAUUAUUGUUUCCAGAUAACUAAGCAGAUAACAAAGUUAGGCUACAAAUUACACAGAGAUUUGAGUAGGUGGGCUAGCUAGUUCAUAGUUUUCGGUCUUAGUAACUUUUGUGGACUCGUUUGCAUGACUGCCUUCAACUCCCUUGUAAGACUCAACAGGUAAACAAGGGGGUUGGUUUUAAAAGGCAAAAUUGAGAUUCUAAUCCGUGUGAACAGUCGUGUGAAUGAAGGCUGUCCUUGUUUUCCAGAUUAGCAGUCUUAAUCUGCUGCUAAGUACUAAGUGCUGCUUAGACUAGUGGGGUGAUGGUCUCUGCCCACUAGGACUCUGUUUGUAACCACAUCAAGGGCAGCCCUAAAAAUUGGAGUGCCACCUUGGUGUUUUAGAGACAGCUUUGUGGAGUCUUUUGUAUGAACUUGGGUGACCCAAGCAAGCAAGACUGGAAUAGGGAGGGCAGGUAGAGUAGAAUCCUGGGAGAAGAGAUGAGCAAGUUAAGGCAUUUGAGUUAAAAAUGAAAAAGGGGAGAGUGGGACCAUGAAUAAGGAAGCUGGUGACAGGAUGCGUGUAUUUGGGUGGAACAGCAGCUGAGGAAAUCUGAGUAGGUCUGGUUGUACAACCACCUUUGUACAGCUGGAGGAAUGCGGGGCCAGAGAGUUCAAUUCCACUUACGCCCAAGUAAUGUGCAGGGGAGGACUGGGAUGUGAAUGAGGAGACCAGGGUCAGCCAGGUCCGCCAAUCAGAGCUGCCUCAAACUCUUUUGCCCUUUCUUUCCAGGGCUAGUUCCUGCACACACUACAAGUAUGCUCCCAAGACCCCCUGAAAACAUGCCCCCUCAAGAGCAUUCUCUGUGCCUGGAGGGCUGACAAGAUGGGUGGCUCUUGAAGUGUGCUGCCCUCCAAAGCUGAAGGAGCUCUACGCCUGUAUUAAUGGGUGGUUCUGAGUAUCCACACUCUUGGUUACUAUUUUAAUCAUCAGCCACUGGCAGGCUUCUUUCACACAUGUACAUUCAUCACACAAUGACCACAGCCUGUUGGAAUGAGCCAUCAUCCAUCAACCACAGGGGGAAUUUCCAUGACAUCGUAAAUGGAAUACUUUCCAGUGGUGUUAGUUCACCACUGUGCAAGGGCUAUAAUAGCUAACUAGCAGCUCCAAAGGCAGCACAUUCCUAUAAAUAUCGGGGACAAAACAACAAUGCCAGCUUUCAUCCCCGUUUGUGAGCCUCUUUCUGGCAUCUGGCUGGCUGCUUGUGGAAACAGAAUGCUAGCCUAAUCAGAUCUUGUUAUGACCCAAGAUGACAAUUCUGAUAAGCAAUGGAGAAGCAUCACUCAUGUACAUGCACCUGUGAGUCAGCCCUGUUCAGAAGACAGUGGCAUGUUUCUCCAAAAAACCCGAAACCAAACCCCAAAAGCACAUCUUUCUCAACGUCAUGUUACAAUUUUCAGAUUUGAGGAAAUGUGACUCGGUGGCUGGUUGAUUGGUAUUUCUUCUUCCAACACAUGGAUCAAACAUCUCAGGUUUCCUGCUUGGCACAAGAGAGACACUGCCAUUCACACAACGGAAUAGUCAUUUUUCUAUUGUCAAGACGAAGCUUUAGCAAGGGCAAGUAUGAAACUGUCCUUAGAGAUGGACGUAACAAUCAACACUAUUUUAAUGCUAAGUGGAAAGGGCAGGGUGGGCUGCAACCACUCUGAUUUCUGAAGCCAACAAACACUUUUAAAAAAAAAAUAAGCAAAAGGGACCAACCAGCCCCUCCAAAGGCCUUUGCCACAGCUGAUGGGCAAGGUUACAUCUGAGCAGGAAGGGGUUUUCCUGGUGUUGCUUGCAGACAGUUUACAGCGUAUCCACUCCAUUGUAGUCCUUUUCUGUAGUUAGAUGUAACUUUUUGUACAUGUGAAAUAUUAUUGACUAUAUGAUAAGCUGGUGCCUCCCUCCCCGUUGUACUGUACAGAAUUUCUAAUAAUGGGAGAGAAAAGGAAAAGGGGAAAAAAAAGGUUUUCCACUUGUCUGUGAGGAUGUGAUUUAUUUAUUUUUCUUGUUUGCUAUAAGGAAGAAAAUCCUCUACCCUAUGGGUGAAGCUGUGCUUUCAGCACUAAAUACAGGUACUAGCCAUCUGUCA